AUGGGGAUGGACCGGAGGAGAAGGGCUUCUCUCGCGCUCACCUUGAACUUCGUCGCGCUUCUGUUCGCCGUUUCCGCGCUCACUACCAGUUACUGGUGCGAAGGGACCCGGAAAGUUGUCAAACCGUUUUGCACGGGGCCGAUUACUUCCAAACAAACAUACUGCAUCAGGUUUAACAGCUCGAACCUAAACGACACCCGCCUGGUUCAGUACAUCUGGGAAACAGGGGAGGAUAAGUUUGUCAUGAGAAAAUUUCACUCUGGAAUUUGGUUUUCCUGCGAGCAAAAUGUGGAUAUGAACGGUGAAAAAUGUAGAAGUUUUCUCAACAUUGCCCCACCUCACGAAAGAGGUGUGCUGUGGCUGUGCAUUGUGGCUGAGUGCCUGUACAUCCUCCUCCUGUCCACCGGGGGCAUCCUCAUGUCAAUAGAGGUCUGUCAUUUUGGCAACGUCAUUGAUGGCCUCAAACUCAAUGCCUUCGCCGCCAUCUUCACCGUCCUCUCAGUCUUCUGCAACGGUUUAAAACCGCCCACCAUGGACCAGUGGCAAGCAGAGACCGCCUGGGUUGCGGCUGAGUGA